CGCCGUUCCUCCAUCGAGACGCCGCCACCAUGGCCGCGACCGUGAACGGCCGAGACCCUGUCAAGCCUGCCGGUAACCCUCCCGCCGCUUCAAAACAGCAAUUGAAGGGUACCGCACCCAGUGCUAGAGCUCUCGACGGCGCACGCAAGCAGGCACCCAGCCCUGUCCAUGCACAGAACAAAAAGCCACAAAAUGCCUGGUCGAAAGGCGCACCUGUCAUUGGCAACCGCACCCCUUCCGCCGUAAACGGCGCCCAGAAGCCUCCACCUCCCGCUCCGGCAGUAUCGCACGCGAAGAGCUCUGUAGAUCCACAUGCGGACAAGCACGCACAUGAUCGUGCUUUAUUCCUCUUCUCGCAGUUCGUGGGCAAGGAUGUCACGCUCACGCUGAAAAGCGGCGAGCAAUUCACUGGCGUGUUCAGUGGUGGGGCAUUCGAUGGCCCAAAACCCCACUAUCUCCUGAAAAUGGUGCGACGAACACGCCUACCGAACAGCCAGCAAACGAAUGGUGACGUCCAACUUCCACACGACUUUAUUGGUGAAGGCGAUGACCAUGCAAUGAGUUUCGAUAUCGACGCAGAAAUCAACGUGAAGGAGGUCGUUAUCGCGACCUCUUCGGCUCCACAACAGAACGGCUCUGCUGGAUCGUUCAUGACCGAUGCGCAGAUAUCUGCCAAAGCAUAUCGCGAGCGUGAACUGCAGAAAUGGGAGCCAGGUCCAGACACCGAUGUAGACCUCUCGCUCGAGGCCAGUGGCUCACGUGGAGAUACCGAAUGGGAUCAAUUCGCGGCCAACGAGAGAAUGUACGGGGUUUCGUCUUCAUACGACGAGGAUAUCUACACAACAUCGAUUGAUCGAAACAACCCCGAGUACAAACGACAGGUUGCAAAGGCAGAGCGCAUAGCUCGUGAGAUUGAGAACUCGGCUCCAGCAAACGCACAUGUCGCAGAAGAACGACGCCAAGACGCUUAUCGUGGUGAUGAUGCCGGCGACGAGGAAGAGAAGUACUCGGGAGUGGCACGCGACAGCUCGUCCUUGCCCAAAAGGGCCCCUGGUGCAUACGUGCCGCCAUCGCAGCGUCCGAUCACUGGUGCUCCAUCGGUACCUGGCGCACCUUUUGAUCCAGCCAUCAUUUCCAGCCAGAUCAAGGCCGCGGCCGCGCCCGCACCCGCACCUGUAGCAGCGCCUGCUAAGCCAGGACCAGAACAGCCGAAGCCUGCUGAAAAGGCUGCUCCGGCUACGACAGAGACCUCCAAGGCAACAUCCGCAGCAGUAGCCACUUCGUCCGAGCCUCCAAAGAAGAAAGAGAGCACCACAGAAGACCGCGUUCGAGACACAGCCGAUGCCUUCAAGCAAUUCGCCAACAACGAGAAAUUACGACUUCGUGCUGCUCAGGAACAAAAACGGGUCAACCAGCGCCAGGAGAAGAAUGUCAAGCUGAACGAUCUCAAGAAGUUUGCUGAGAAUUUCAAGCUGAAAAGUCGUGUGCCGGAUGACCUGGUACCUAUCCUUGCCAAAGACCGGGAGAAGCAGCUUGAGAUCCAAAAGAAGGCAGACCAAGCUGCGAAAGAAGAGGAGAUCAGAGCGAAGGACAAAGAUUCCGAGAAAGCUAACAGUGUCACGGCAUCUCCAGCUCCAUCUAGCAGCGUUUCGCAGGCGGCACCGACACCAUCGACCGAUUCAAGAGCACCAUUCAAUCAGCAGAAUCGGACUCGCGUGGGCCAGCAGGCUCGACAACAAAUCCCGCCGGGACAAUCUCCAGCAGGCAUUCCUCUCAGCCAGCGCCUUCGCAACAAUCAAAUGCACUUCAAUGGCAGAGCUGGUAUACAGCCGCUACCCGCAGAGCUGCGCAUCCCUUCAGGACCUCCACAACCUACGGGCGCCGACAUGCCGAUGAGUCCAAACUCUGCUACCAGGCUCAAUGUCAAUGCCAAAUCGUUCGAGUUCCGUCCCGGCGCGUCAGCUUUCACCCCAACGGGCACCUCGCCAAGCCCGCAGAGAAAGGAGACGGAGGAAUUGGUGUCAUUCUUCAGCAAGGGCAAGAAGAAGGAGCCUAAGUCACCGACUGGAUUUGUUGAUGCCGUCAAGCGCAUGGCAGAAGCUGACUAUCCGGAACAUCUUAAGGUGGCUAUUAACAAGAACGGUGGCGUUCCACAAGCCUUCAGCACCCAGCCGACGUGGUCGCAACCCAAAGAGAGGGAGAACACAUCUCACGAGAGUGCCUAUCCAAAGGCGCAAGCACCGAGCUCUGGGCCUUCGCCGAUGCAUACGCCUAAUCCGGGUCAGAUGCCUCAUGCGCAUCAAUUGCCAGCUCAUAUGCAGGGUCCACCAACGAUGCCCGGGCCUAACCAGCGGCAGCCAUUUUACGGGCAGCCUCAACAUGGCCACGGACACGCUCCAUCCUUCGAUCCACGCUUGCAGCAACAGUUUGGACCUAAUGGAUCCGUACAAAACUCGCCUCGUGUGCAGCAGGUGCCGGCUGUGCCUUUCAAUGGUCAGAUGCCUCCGAUGCAGAUGCAACAAUUUCCUGGCCAGCCUAUGCCACAGUACGGCAUGUCUCCAUCGAUGCAGUAUCGACAGAUGGCUCCUCAAGGCACACCGAUGAUGAUGCCAGGCGGACCACAACCGCAAAUGAUGCCAAUGCGGCCCGGCUUUGGUGGACCACAAUUCAAUCCACAAAUGGGUGGCGGCCACAUGAUGGUACAGAACCCGUCCCAAGGCUACCAGAAUGGGCCUAUGCCACAAGGCUACGGCGGAUCUCCAAUGCCACCUAACGCACAGCCUCAUAUGCCACACAUGCAACCCCACGGCAGCUUCUCCGGCAGUCCAAGACCUCACAUGAUGUCUCAUCAAGGCUCGCACCAAGGUUUCCAACCGGGCAUGCCAAUGCAGCCACACUUUGCUCCAUCUCCAGGCCAAUACCCGCACCACAUGCAGCACCGCGCUAUGAGCAGUGGAUAUCCUCAGAUGACCCCAAGACAGCAGGCAGCUGUUCCACACCAACCUAGUCCAGGAAUGGGCGUUGCGCAAGGCGAUGAGGGCAAAUGAGCCAUGCAAAUAUUCUUUCAAAAAUGAUCUGGACAUUGGGAACAGCAAAUCUUCCGGGCAUGAUAAUACUUUUAUUUGAUUGAGAUGGAUGUAUAUUCCCGCAUCUAUGGACCAUAUGGUUGUCGCAGUGCUGCUUGGCGAACGACAUGAGCUGCGAUCGUGCCAAAGCUCCACACGGACAGCACAGAGCCCGCUGAACCUCGCCAUUUUGGGUGAAUAUGUCAAGGCAGGAUCUCGCCGCGUCUGGAUCAAAAUCGCACAAUCUACGCGGAAAGCAGCCGCCUUGGCUACCCGUGCUCUGAUCGCAUCGCAACGCUCAUGUCUUCGGCCCUCUUGGAGCACAACAAAGUCAAGCGGCAUUGCUGCCGUGCUACACUAGAUCAUUCCCUGCUGAUGCCACCUGGCCUUUGGGUUGUCCGCAAACAGAUAACGUGGACGUGGUUCAAGCCAAUGAUGUAGUAGGUGUCUGGCAAUGGGCCUGUAUCCGCUAGUUAUCAGGCAGGUGGGCGGAGAGAAAGUGGAAAAAGUCAAAGAACAGAUUGGGUCAGCGAGAGAAGUGGCUUCAAAGCUUCACUUGGAGGAGGUGGUGCAAGCGUAGAGGAGUAGACAGGAACUGCCAAAAAGAAAAAAAAAAGUUUGAAUAGUAACACGAUUCACCGCU